GUUCUUUUUAAAAAAAGAAGGCUGAAGGGGCAGAGGAAACCAUUCCUGCCUUUUACGGGAAGGUGCGGGCACCACCAGGCUUGGGGAGCUGCUCAGGAGUCCUGCCUUUUGCCUUGGGACUCAAGGGGCGAGUCGGGGUGUUUUGGGGACCGCUGGGCUCCUUUCCUGCCAGAAGCUCAGCAGAAAGGACCCUGCUCGCACAAAGUGGCCCACACGGCUCCCCCUUUCCCGCUCCGCUUUGUUUCCCUCCGCCCGGGGAAUCGUUUGGACACUGUGCCCCUUUCUCUCUUCUGCCUUCUCCCCUGCUCCGCAGGCCGCUUCCCUCCCGCCCCCGGGGAAGCUGAUCGCACGGCGGCUGCCCGCGCCCUGUUCCGGUGCUGCUCUUGCCCCGCUUUCAGCGCCCGUGGUGAUGCCAUGCCCCGCAAGCACAGCGGAGGAGACGAGGGCAGCUCCGCCGGGCUCUGGAUGAAGAGCAGCCGCGCGGGCAGCGGCAUGAAGGAUGUGGAGUCCGGCCGCAGCAGGGUGCUCAUGAACUCGGCCCCCAGAGGGGACGGCUUGCUCCUGCUGGGCACCGGCAGCGCCAUCGGCCGCGGCGGCUCGCGGGAGACCCGGCGGGGGAAGCAAGGGGGAGCCCGGAUGAGUCUGCUGGGGAAGCCGCUGUCGUACAACAGCAGCCAGAGCUGCCGGAGGAACGUCAAGUACCGGAGGCUGCAAAACUAUCUGUACAACGUACUGGAGAGACCCCGCAGCUGGGCGUUCAUCUACCACGCGUUCGUUUUUCUUCUUGUAUUUGGUUGCUUGAUUUUGUCAGUGUUUUCUACCAUUCCUGAGCACGCAAAACUUGCCUCUCGUUGCCUCUUCAUUCUGGAGUUUGUCAUGAUUGUUGUGUUUGGUUUCGAAUAUAUCAUUCGCAUCUGGUCAGCUGGCUGCUGUUGUCGCUACCGAGGAUGGCAAGGAAGAUUGCGAUUUGCGAGGAAACCAUUCUGUGUAAUAGACACCAUUGUUCUCAUCGCUUCAAUAGCAGUUGUUUCUGCAAAAACUCAGGGUAACAUUUUUGCAACAUCAGCACUGAGAAGUCUUCGUUUCCUACAGAUCCUUCGUAUGGUGCGCAUGGACCGAAGAGGAGGGACUUGGAAAUUAUUAGGUUCAGUAGUGUAUGCACAUAGCAAGGAAUUAAUCACAGCCUGGUACAUAGGAUUUUUAGUACUUAUCUUUUCCUCUUUCCUUGUCUAUCUGGUGGAAAAAGAUGCAAAUACCCAGUUUUCUACGUAUGCAGAUGCUCUCUGGUGGGGCACAAUCACAUUGACAACAAUUGGCUAUGGAGACAAAACUCCUCUUACUUGGCUUGGAAGACUGCUUUCUGCUGGGUUUGCUUUACUUGGAAUUUCUUUCUUUGCACUACCUGCUGGCAUUCUUGGCUCAGGCUUUGCAUUAAAAGUGCAAGAACAGCACCGUCAGAAACAUUUUGAGAAAAGAAGGAAUCCAGCUGCCAGUUUAAUUCAGUGUGUAUGGCGUAGUUAUGCGGCUGAUGAGAAAUCGGUUUCCAUUGCUACCUGGAAGCCUCAUUUGAAGGCCUUGCAUACCUGCAGCCCUACAAAGAAAGAACAAGGGGAAACUUCUAACAGCCAGAAGUUAAGUUUUAAAGAGCGGGUACGGAUGGCUAGCCCAAGAGGGCAGAGUAUUAAGAACAGGCAGGCAUCAGUUGGAGAUCGACGGUCACCAGGUACUGACGUUACUGCAGAGAGCAGCCCAACCAAAGUGCAAAAGAGCUGGAGCUUCAAUGACCGAACUCGUUUCAGACCUUCACUGCGUCUGAAGAGUUCUCAGCCAAAACCAGUGGCAGAUGCUGACACCACUCUUGGAACAGACGAUGUUUAUGAUGAGAGAGGAUGCCAAUGUGAUGUAUCAGUAGAAGAUCUCACGCCAGCACUUAAAACCAUCAUUAGAGCUAUCAGAAUCAUGAAAUUUCAUGUUGCAAAGAGAAAGUUUAAAGAGACAUUACGUCCAUAUGAUGUAAAAGAUGUAAUUGAACAGUAUUCAGCUGGUCACCUUGAUAUGUUGUGCAGAAUAAAAAGUCUUCAGUCCCGCGUUGACCAGAUUCUUGGAAAAGGACAAAUCACAACAGAUAAGAAAAGUCGAGAAAAGAAUACUGCAGAGAAUGAGACAACUGAUGACCUUAGUAUGUUAGGGCGUGUAGUCAAGGUGGAGAAGCAGGUACAAUCCAUAGAGUCAAAACUGGACAGCCUGUUAGAUAUUUAUCAACAGGUCUUAAGGAAAGGAUCUGCAUCUGCGCUCACUUUGGCUUCAUUUCAAAUGCCAUCUUUUGAAUGUGACCAGACCUCUGAUUAUCAAAGUCCUGUAGACAGCAAAGAUUUAUCUAGUUCUGCACAAACUAGUGGAUGUGUAUCCAGAUCAGCUAGUGCCAACAUGACUCGUGGCCUACAGCUUAUACUGACACCAAAUGAAUUUAGCACUCAGGCUUACUAUGCUUUUAGUCCAACUAUGCAUAGUCAAGCAACACAGGUGCCAAAUGAUGGACCUGCAACAGUAAUAACUAAUAAUACAUCAAACCAAAUAAACCAGGCAACUAAGCCAACAACCCCAACAACGUUACAAAUACCACCUUUCUCCUCAGUCAAGCAUGCCAACUGGCCUGAGCCCCUUCAUAUUAUUCCUGCAACCACACAGGAAAAUAUUUCUGAUGUCACCGCUUGCCUUGUUGCUUUAAAGGAUAAUGGACAAGUUGCACAGUCCAAAGUGACAAAGGAUCUUUCCUGGAGAAAAAACCUUGAUACAGAAGAGGAACCCUUGGUCUCAGUUAAACCAGUAGUGCAAAUGGAUUUAGGAAAAUCUUUAUCUGUACAAAACCUUAUACAAUCAUCCGAAGAACUGAAUGUACAGAUUGCUGGGAAUGACUCCAGUGGCUCCAGAGGGAGCCAAGAAGUGUACUCCAAAUGGAGGGAGUCAAAAUUAUUUAUAACAGAUGAAGAGUUGGAAGCAGAGACAAAAACAGAGGCUUUUGAAAGCAUCUCUCGCUCAUUAGUGGAAACAGCUCUCUCUACUGACUCUCUAAGGACUGGAAUAUCAAGAUCAUCUCAAAGCAUUUGCAAGCCAGGGGACAGUACAGAUGCACUCAGCUUGCCUCAUGUCAAACUUAAAUAACAAUUUAUGGGUUUUCUUCAUUGGCUGAGUAAUUCCUUUAGUCAUACAUAUCAUAGCAUGAACUCUUUUGAAAGCCUUUUUAAUAAGAUAAAAUUGCAAGAAUCAGGAAGAAUCUGAAAGGCAGUUGUAUGAGCCCAUAUCUUCUAGUUGCAUGACAAUGCAUGCUUAAGUGACAGCUAAAAUUCAGAUUUAUACCUAAUGUACAUCACUUUUAUGUAGUACAGUAGGUGUAAAUAAUGAGUAAUCUACAAAGUUAAUACUGCAGACUGUGUCAGAAAGCAAAGAUCUGAGCAUUUAGAAAUAGUGUUGUUUCUACAAUACAGAAGUAAAAAUCGUAAGAUUUAAAGCACUUUGCUUCUGGAUUAAUUACAAAUAUAUAUGUCCUGAAUUAGACAAUAGUUUAUGUUUACAAGAAAAAUAUUAUCUACAGCUGCUAGCAAGGUACCAAGGAAACUAGUAAUAUGGGACUAGAAAUGGCUGCUAGUUGCAAGAUAUAGAAAUUAACUCAUCAUUAAUCAGUUAUUUUAACACUCUCAGCUUUAGAAUGUUAAUUUCUGUAAUAUUUUUGGUGAUUUAGUGCUGUGGCAAAGUACUUUGCACACCACUUUCAGGUUGUUCUUUAUGAUAAGAACCGUCUUUUGCUAUGAAAUGUACAAAUUCAAAGGAUAAGGGCUGGCCUUAGAGAUGAAUAAUCUGGACUACUGCACCAAAAAUUCAGGGGCAGCUUUCCUUACCAAACUUGCUGGUAUCACUGAUGUGCCCUUCCCGUGGAUCUGAAGCAUUCUGGAAGCAGAAUCAGCAGGAGAGGAAAGGGCACUGCCGUUAUUGUAGAAGCAAUUCUUCUUUCUGCCCUGAAGGUGGCACUAUGCUUCACAAUUGCACCCUGAUACUCCAUGAUUUUGUGUAAGAAGUCUGUGAGGAAGUGAAAGUGGUAACAUAUGGGGUAUUGAAAUUAGAGGGAAAAACAAAGGGGAUAAGGGAAGAGAGAGAGACUACAGAAGGGGUGAAGAGGAAAAAAAGAGAGACAAUAUGAUAAGCAAAGGAGAAGGAGAAUAUGAAUUUGGAGAAGAAAAAAAGGGAUGGGGAAAAAAUGGAAAAUAACAGCAGGGAAGCAGGGACAGUGAAAAAGAUCUUUAAAAUCCCUGCCUGUUGGUCCCAGACAGCUAGUGUUUCUUCCAAAAAGCCAUGUCAGGAAUUAGGAAAUAGGAGAGGUAAUAGAGAAAAACAGCUGAAUUGUCCAAAUUGAAGAACACUGAAUGUUUAAAAACGAGGGGAUGAGGAGGAGAGAGGGAAGGGGGUCACAUUCUUAUUAGUUCUAUAAUGCCAUUUAACAAAGGUGCCAAGAAAGGACCCUCAGACUCCUUUCCCAUACCACCUCCCACCAAGUUUGGGGAUUCAAAACCUGCAGCAUAUUGAGCAUUCUCCCCGAGACCUCCUCUUGCUCUCAUAGCCUUUCUACAGUUCACUUCUGCAGAGAUGCAGUAGCAGAACUAGUGUCUACCUAUGGGUCCUUACCAGGGCUUUGCCAUGGAACCCUGUGGGAUCCUCCACCCUUUCCCACUGAACAAGAUUUCUAUUUGUUGCCUUCCCCCAAAUUACAGCCUGCAUGUACCACGGACUCAUGGGCAGCCUGUUCUGGGCCUGGCCACCUCUAGCAACAAGAACUCCAAAUGUAUGGGAGUGCCAGUUCCAGCUCACUCAGAGCACUGAUUGAUCAAAGCCCAGCCCUGCUGAGGAUUUAUUAUACAUCAAAAAUGUCACAGCAGUCUUAAUCAUGGCUAAAUGCUGUAGAUUGUAUUGUGAAGGACUUGAACUGUUUACUAUGAAUCCAUUGUAAUUUCUGCCUCCAUAUUUCUUUUACAGAAAUAUUCGUGGAUGUUACAUGAUAACCUUAUUAUGUGAAAGUACAUGCAUACUGUAGAGUGUAUAUAUUGUGUCAGUGAUACAGGAUCUAUGGAUGAUAAGCUGCGUUCUAUGGCUUGUGCCAGAACAAAGCUCAGGUGGUAAAUUCUGAAAGAUGUCUUGAAGCACAAUUAGCUAUCACUGAUUUGCCAUCGCAUUCAACCUUUACUACAUUCUUUAUGUGCUGCCUGAUCAUAUUAAAGCCUAAUUGCGAAGAUAUUUUUGUGAUGAUAAAUAGGUUUUUCAACAUCUGAGAACAUUUAAAUAUUGACUUAUUUGAAUGUCUGCAGUUUGUCCAGCCAAAUCUGUACAUUUAAAGUAUUGUACAAUAUCUAAAAAUGAUACAAUUUUUAGGAUUUUCUUUUCUUUUUUCCUAAUGUUUUAUGGUGCCUUUCUUGCAUUUAUAUAAAAUCUCAUAAUGUUCUAGAUGUAAGUCUGUACUUAGGUCUCAUGUAGGGGCAAGAGCUUGGGCACAGGACAGCUAACAGAUGUGUCAGUAAUUUGACUCGCCUCCCCUUUUUCAUUAAAUAUGAACACAACGGCAUCCUGAAUUGGGCCCUGAUCUUGCAACUGCAUCUGCUUGAGCAGACCUUUGCAUCCACAUUGAGUCUUACUGUGAAAUCAGCGAGGUUCCACAUGGGCACAGGCUCCACCUGCACAGAUGCAGUUGCAGAAUCAGGAUUUUGGUUUUUACUGCUAAUGUAUCUCGCUGAACUUGGUAUUUUUGGCUUAAAUGACAUGCCUGAGUUUUCCUAAUUUUAAAUUAAUUUAUUUAAUACAAUUCUGUGCACAUAAAUGAAUUCUAUAAAUUAUAUAUGAAAAUGUAAAUGUCUUUACAAAGAUCGGAUAAAUCAGGAAGACCUUAUCUUUUUUUAAGUUGAAAUUACUGAUUUUUUUUUCUUUUAUUGUCACCAUUACAUCCUUCUUUUUGUAGCUACAGUUCUUAUCAUAUAGGAAUUUUCUUAACAUUAUAUUGAUGGAAAACUGCGAGAAUAAUUAAUGAAUCUGUGGAGAUCUGGAGAGAGUUUAUUAUGUGGUUUGAUUUUUACAAAGUGGGCUGUUCUGUCCUUUCCUCACAAGGAGUUUCCUGUGUCCACAUUAUAUCUUUAAUUAUACUAUAAGGACCAAGCCUGCUCUCACCGAAAUCAGUAUAAAUAAUUUGUUGAUGUCAGUGGGAACAGCAUUUGGCCUUAAGGGUCUUGUCCUGAACUACUUACUAAGUCAAAGCUCCCGUUUUAGUCAAUAGGAGUUUUACAUGAGUAGGCAAUAAGGACCAAAUUCUGCCCUAAUAUACACUCCAUUGGAGGCUUGCGCAGGGUGUCAAACAGGACAGAAUCUGGCCCUAAGUAAGGGUUUCAGGACUGGGCCUUACACAAAAAACUGUUUUCUGAUCAGCAUGUUUGUUGUACCCUGAUUGAAGAGACGACUUAAAAGAAUAGUUUUUGAUGAUUAUUUGUUUUACAAACUCUAUAUACUCCUGAUUUAUGUGAGCUAUACUUUUUAUUUCAGUAUGGAUAUAGUGUUUUAGCCUAGGGUUCAAGAUUGCAAGGAUCAUACACUUUUAUUCACAUGCCCACAGCUGUUACAUGUGUUUUUGAGAUAAUCCUACUUAAAUGACUGCUCUCAUUACAGACUGCUGAUAGGUAAUUCACCUACUCUUCUGUGAUAAGUCAAGUCAUACUGAAUUAUUGCUGUAUUGAGGAACACCUGAUAUACAGUACUAUUUAUGGGUCUGGGCCUGCAGUUCUUACUCAAGCAAAAAUCCCAUGGACUUCAGCAAGAGCUCUGCCUGAGUCCAGAAUCAAACCCUUAUUUUGUUGGGCAUCUGUAUAAAGUGAAAAUGAUAAUAUUCCAGUUAUUUCCUGAGGAAACUAAUGCUUAGCUGAAUUAACCCAUAUGUCACAUUGACUAUAUAAAAAGUAACGCACAAAGUAGUAUAAAAAGGGAUGAAGAGAAGGGAAAUUUUUUAAAAGCACAGAGAAAAGUAGGUCAGUAAGAAAACAGAACAAAGCAGAAAAAGAAAAUGUAAGAACAAAGGAAUGAAAAAAGUGAUUAAACAUCUGAGGACAAAUUCAUCCCUGUGUGGCUCCACUGACUUCAAAGGACAGCAUAAGUGGGCCAAAUUCAGCCUUCUUUGGUGUAAUCAGGCUCAACUCUAUUGAUCUCAAUGGGAUUACACCCACCUACACCAGGAGUGAAUUUGUCCCACUGGGACAAUUUUUGUCCAGACUCAGACCUUGUGCAAUCCCAUGGGGUUCAGUAGGAUUGAAGGAGGUGUACGUCCAGAGAGAAUUUGGCCGUCAUAUUUCUGCUUCAUAUUUUUUUCAAGCAUGUUAAUCAAUUUAGUUCAAAUGAAUUGCAACAUCAAACAAAUUGCUAUAAUUAUCCAAAAAGGUGAAUCAGUUUUUAAAUCUAAACCAACUCCUGGAAUGUCAAAGGAAGCAUAUGAGGUGUUGCCAUUAACUCAGAUACGUAUGGGACACUUCCAUAGGCACCAAACAUUAUCUGCUAUUGAAUGUGUUCUGAGACAUUUCUGCUAGUCAAUAUGGGAGGGAGCAGUGUUAAAAUAUCAGUUUUAUAAUGGUUAUGGAAAGUAUAAGGGACACUUCCACUGACGCUGCAAUGGCUUUAGCCAUUACAUUAUAAUACAAUGUUAAUUGUAACUUCAUGACAAAGGUAAAUCCAUAUUGUUGUUAAUAAACAUGGUU